AAUCUUGAUUCUGACAUUUGGCGGGAAAGCGUUUUGGGUGAUAUCUGUGAAAACUUUAUUUUGACUUUUAUAAAUUUGCUUUUUGAUUGAUUGUGCCUAAAGAAAUUUACCUAUUUAAGACAUUGCUGAUAUUAUAUAAGGAUGGUGGUAGAUUCUCUAGAAGAGACACUUAAUGCUACAGAGGCCAACUUGUUAAACUACUCAAUAAUAAGAGACCAAGAAAAGGAAAAUCCUUUAAAAUUAAAACUUAAGGUCUCUGACAAAAAUAAACGCAUUUCCAAGAGUGAUCAAAUUUCAUACAAAGCUGGGAAGCAAAACGCCAACACGUCUGAAGCAGCCGAAAGUACUGAUAAGAUGUGUGUUAGUGAAGACAAAAUAUUAACUCCAGUCAGAAUUUAUUUGGAAAAAAUAGAUUUGGAGGGAAUGGAAAACAACGAAAACGGUGAGAGUUCAUUAAAAAGGAGCAAAUCUGUAAAGGCACCAAAGCAAAAACAUGUAUCUGAAGAUAUAGAUGAACUUUGUUCAUAUAUGACAAAAAGCAACCUUAAGACACCGAAAAAAAGAACUCUAAGCGAAUUUAGUGAUUUUACAGUGGAGAGUGCUUCCGUGGAUACUCCUAAAAGAAGAAUCGCUAAAUCAUUACACAUUACUUCAAACAAACUUGAACAAUCUAAGAGUAAACGGCAAAUACGGGCGCCAACCCGAUACCAACAAGAAAAUAGCCCAAAGUCCUGCAAAAAGAAUCAAAGGGAGUUUCACAGAACAAGACUGAGUUCAUAUAGCCAAUUUUACUAUGACACUGAAGAUGUUAGUCCUUCUAAAAUAAGUGAAGUUCAAACGCCUUCAAAAUACCAAAGGAACAAUGUUUCACAAAGAUCAGUAAAAAAAAAUCUUAAUGAAUCAUUUAGGAGAUCUGCCUUGAGAAGUUCAAUCAGUAUUGACACUAAAGAUGGAAAUGGUCCAGUUAGACGAGCUAGAUCAAAAUCAUGUACGCAAUACAAUGAUUUUAUUCAUACAAGUCCGCCUAAGGAAAGGAUGCUGAAGAAGUCACUCACACCCCGUUCAUGUAUAAGCUCCCCAAAAACACCAAGAAAUCGUAUGAAAUUAAUAAGGGAAGGUCUGAUUACUCCAUCAAUGUCUAAUAGAUCAAGUAUUAUUAGUGAGAGUGGAAACAAAUUAAUGACUGCUCGACGUCAACUUCAUGUGUCCUAUGUUCCAGCCUGCCUUCCCUGCCGAGAAAAGGAAUAUAUGGGCAUUUAUAAAUUUUUGGAAAGAAAACUGUCAGAUGGACAAGGAGGGUGCAUGUAUGUAUCUGGGGUGCCAGGAACAGGAAAGACUGCCACUGUUACAUCGGUUAUUACAUCUCUUCAAGGAGAAAAAGAUCUUCCAGGAUUUGACUAUAUUAAUUUAAAUGGCAUGAGACUUACAGAACCUAAACAAGCAUAUGUAGAGAUAUGGAAACAACUAUCAGGUAGAACAGUACCAUGGGAACAAGCUCAAAGUAUUUUAGAAGAAAGAUUCACACGCAAGAAACAUUUGACUCCAGUUAUAAUGCUGAUUGAUGAGUUGGACAUUUUAUGUACAAAAAAGCAAGAUGUUGUCUAUAACUUAUUGGAUUGGCCAGCAAAGUCCAAAAAUCAAUUGAUAGCGGUUGCAAUUGCGAACACAAUGGAUUUACCAGAAAGAUUAUUGAUGAAUAGGGUGACAAGUCGUUUAGGUUUAACUCGAUUAACAUUUCAACCUUACACCCACAAACAGUUAAUGGAAAUCAUUAUAAAAAGGUUGACUGAUACACAGAGCUUCACGUCAGACGCCAUCCAACUUGUUGCUAGGAAAGUAGCUUCAGUAUCUGGGGACGCACGUCGAGCGCUUGAUAUAUGCCGAAGAGCUGCUGAAAUAGCAGAAGAGAAGAAUCAUGAAUUGGUUACUGUUGCGCACAUAAACGAAGCACUAAAUGUUAUGAUAAUGCAGCCCAAGGUUUCACAAAUGAAAAGAUGCUCGAAGCUUGAAAAACUUAUACUACAAGCUAUUGUUGCAGAGGUGGAACGGACAGGGGUCGAAGAAACGACUUUUGCAAAUGUUUUUACAAUGUUGGCCUCUUGCUGCGCAUUGGAUGGAUUUAAAAUGGUUUCUUGUACAGCAGCACAACGUGCUGUUAGUAAACUUGGUGCUUGCCGGCUGAUUUUAAUAGACCAAAAAUGUAACCACAUUUACCAAAAAAUUAUAUUAAAUGUUAGCAGUCACGACGUAUAUUUUGCUAUAAAAAAUUAAUAGUUUUACAUUGACCAAAAUUUUAAACUUAAUUGUUUUAAUCAUUUUUUAUUUUGUACAAUGUGGUAUUUUAUUAAUAAAACUGAAUAAAUCAUAAAAGCAAAGGCCUUUCUCCUCAAAAUUUAUUGAUAAUUAAGUUGCCCAAAAAAACCUACACACUGACAUGUUUCUCUAGUACUUAAAUUUAUAAAAAAUACCCUUUUUUAAUUUAUAGUGGGAAAAUCUGAAAAAUUGGCAUUAUUUAAAAAAAUAAUUAGCAAACAGCUGAAUUUAAAAAUAAAAUUGAAAAAAUUUUAAGGCUUGUUUUAACAAAUGUUGCGAUUUUUAUAAAAUGUGUCUUACAGUUUGCAUUUUGUGUUGUAGACUACUCUGUGACUUCAAGUUCGUGCUGAUAAAAUUACAUUUCUAUAAAUCGUGGUUUUUCUAGAUUUUACUCAACAAAAUAGAGUGAUCCCAAUAGCACUAUGUAAUUUAGGAUAGCGAUGGGGAAACGAACACAAUAUUUUUGCAAUCCUGUAUUUUUUUAUGUGU